CUGGCUCAGUGCGCAUGCGCUUUAAACUUUAUUCGAGGAAGUGGUAGGACAGGCACCAGAAGCGAUAGGGAAGAGUUUGUUGUUAACUCCACCUUCAGAGAAGACAAAAAGAACACCUCGCAACAUUUUCAAAAUGUCGGAAUUUGAUACCAACCCGUUCGCAGAUACUGCCAGCGAAAACCCUUUCAAUGAUCCCUCUGUCACUCAGGUGACAAAAUCCAACAUCGAACCAGUUGACCAGUACAACCCUUUCUCUGCUCAACCCAGUGAUGGACUAGCAGCUCACACCACAUCUCCUGCUGUGCUACAGCCAUCUACAGAGCCCAGUCCACAGGUAACUGCUGCUGCAGCUCAGGCCAACCUGCUGAGGCAGCAGGAAGAGCUGGAGAGGAAAGCUGCCGAGCUGGACCGCAGAGAGCAUGAGCUACAGAGCAGAGGCCUGACAGGUAAAGAGAACAACUGGCCUCCACUUCCAAAGUUCUUCCCCAUCAAACCAUGUUUUUACCAGGACUUCUCAGAGGAAAUCCCCCCAGAGUGCCAGAGAGUCUGCAAGAUGAUGUACUACCUCUGGAUGUUCAACUGUGUGACUCUGUUCCUCAACCUGCUGGCAUGUUUGGCUUUCUUCACCACGGCUUCAAGCAAUGGUGUGGACUUUGGUCUCUCCAUUCUCUGGCUCAUCCUCUUUGCUCCCUGCUCCUUCCUCUGCUGGUACCGACCCGUCUACAAGGCCUUCAGGACUGACAGCUCCUUCAGCUUCUUCUUGUUCUUCUUUGUGUUUUUUUGCCAAGUGGUAAUCUUCAUCAUCCAGUCAAUAGGCAUACCUCACUGGGGCAACAGUGGUUGGCUCUCUGCAUUCACUAUCAUCAGUGAACACCGUGCAGUGGGAAUCAUCAUGAUCAUAGUGGCCAUCCUCUUCACUUUGUGCGCUGUGAUGUCUGUCAUUCUGCUCAAGAUGGUCCACAGCAUGUACCGACGUACUGGGGCCAGUUUCCAGAAGGCGCAGCAGGAGUUCUCUCAGGGCGUCUUCACCAGUAAAACCUUCCAAACUGCUGCUGCUGGAACAGCUUCCUCUGCUGCCCAGGGAGCCUUCCAGGCAAACAACUAAUGGUAGAUUUAGCUAAACUGAGCUUGUUUAGCAGGUCAAUGUCUGUACAUUAUCAGGUCUGGAUAAUUAAUUAAACUAAAGCUGAACAAAUGAGCCUUUUGAAGCCAUCGGCCAGAUUUCUGGAAAUAAGAAUUUGACCUCAUAAUGUACAGACCCUGAGCCAGGUUAAGCUCCUUCACCCUUCACCAUCAGCAUUUCCCUGUAUCUCCUUUUGCUUGUCACUUUCAGUGUGUGCUAUGCAGAGUUAUAUCGUCUGAAGUGGGUGUUUUUAAAAAAACAAACAAACAAACAAAAAAGCAAGCAGUGGAGGGAAAGUGCAAACUGGAGUGUAAAGCAUGAAGUUGACUCAGUGCUAUUUCAGCAUUUCUUGUACAUAAAAUAUAAAUAUUUUACAUUUCAUGUGGGUGCAGUGAGCUUGCGGUCCUCCACACUGAUGGAAUAUCCUGUAAUAUAAAUAAGAUAAAGUGUUUGUCAUUGAUUGACAUGUAUUUUGUCCUGGAAGCAUAUCUCUUUGCUUUUGUUUGCUGCACGUUUUCAGUCUAAUGAGGAAGAAAUGGAUCUGACAGAUCGUGCUAAUUGUAAUCUGUGUGGCCUUAAAGUUUUGGAUAUUCUUUGGAUGUUAUUGCACAAAAUGACUUAAACCUGGAGUAAGAUGAUCUUGGUAGUUAGCUCAUGAUUUCUACAUAACCAAGUGCAUCCACAGAGGAAACCACAUCGCUCCACAUCAUUUCAUGCUUGUACUCAGAUUUUUUUUUUUUUAAUCUAAUUCGGCAGACUGAGGUUCUGAUGUCCUUUUUUUUUUGUUUGUUUGUUUUUCUCCAGCCGAAUAUUCUUGCUGAACUGGUAAUAUUUACAAAUGUUAUCAGGAUCACAUUCAUUUUUUUCUUAUUUUUUAGCAGCUUCAGCUAUGUCUUCUCACUACCUUGUUUAAGAGAUGUUUCUAAGGAAACCAAACGAGUACUGAAUAUAAAAAUGGAACAUUUUUCUGAUUAAAAUAAGUAGAUCAAUAUUUCAUAUAGAUUCUUUAAUGGACUGAGUCCAUCCAAGCUAGAGUAUUUUUUUUAAAUUUACUAACAUUUAAUGCAGGAGAAAUGUUAGAAAAUUUGCAAUGAUUUUUUUAAACGGUGUGAAUAUUUAACAACAAUCAGAAAGUAAGUCGGGUAUUCUGAUUUCUGAGAAAUCAGAUAUGUAUCUGAUUAGAUGUAUGCCAAAGCAGUGUGAAUAUGAUACAUUUCAUCCUCCUCAGAACACAUCCAGUUUCAGUAAACAGCUGCGGUAUUUUCAUUUCUUCUUGGAAAUAGUGGAACAUCUUCCUUGUAUUCCUGUAACUUGUCCACUGAGCUCUAAAUUAUUUGUGUGCUGGUGUAUAUUUUCUACCUGAUUUCAUGUAUUAAAAAACAUGUGUGUGUGCGUGUUUAUUGAUUGUACUGUUUCAAAGCAUCAGCUUGGAUGUAACAUGUUCCUAAAUGACAAGUGCAAAUUUGAAUGUUUUUUUAUGACGUUCCUGCACUGCAUAACAGUCUGAUUGGAGGUUUGAGCUUAUUUACACAUGUAUAGUAAAUAUGGUUUUAAAUUCACACAUUUCUGAAUGCAGAUCUGGAUUUUGUAUUUUAGCGUCUAUUAAAAUUUCUUUGCUUUAAUUUAAAA